GCGGGGAUCCAGGUGCCACCUUCCCCCAACCCUCCAGAGCUGCACCCCAGUCGCAGUCCCGCAAUGGCCCUGCUACUCCGGGCUGUAACCUGGGGGCUGUUCCCCUGGAGGGGCUACUGCUCCAGGGCACCACAGCAUGGACUCAGCAAGGGCUUUGUGGAAGCUCUGGAGGCAGUUGUGGGGACCCCCCAUGUGUCCAUGGCUGCUGCCGUCCGAGAGCAUCACGGGCGCGAUGAAUCGAUGCACAGGUGCUAUCCUCCUGAUGCUGUGGUGUGGCCCCAGAAUGUGGACCAGGUCAGCCAGCUGGCAGCCCUGUGCUACAGCCAAGCUGUGGCCAUCAUCCCAUUUGGCACAGGCACCGGUCUGGAGGGGGGAGUGUGCGCUCUGCAGGGUGGUGUGUGCAUUAACCUGACCCAUAUGGACCGGAUCAGGGAGCUGAAUCCAGAAGACUUCUCUGUGGUGGUGGAGCCUGGUGUCACCCGUAAAGCUCUCAACACCUACCUGCGUGACUGUGGUCUCUGGUUUCCUGUAGACCCAGGUGCAGAUGCUUCUCUGUGUGGCAUGGUGGCCACUGGGGCCUCGGGCACCAAUGCGGUGCGCUAUGGCACCAUGCGUGACAACGUGAUCAACCUGGAGGUGGUGCUGCCUGACGGGCGGCUGCUUCACACUGCAGGCCAGGGUCGUCAUUUCAAGAAGACUGCAGCUGGCUACAACCUCACAGGGCUCUUUGUGGGCUCUGAGGGGACGCUUGGUCUCAUCACAUCUGCCACCCUCCGCCUACAUCCUGCUCCUGAAGAAACGGUGGCUGCCACCUGUGCAUUCCCCAGUGUCCAGGCUGCUGUGGACAGCACUGUACAGAUGCUCCAGUGUGCAGUGCCCUUGGCCCGCAUUGAGUUCCUGGAUGACGUCAUGAUGGACGCCUGCAACAGGUACAGCAAGCUGAACUAUUCUGUGGCACCCACGCUCUUCCUUGAGUUCCAUGGCUCCAAGCAGGCCUUGGCAGAGCAGCUGCAGCGGGCAGAGGCCAUCACCCAGCACAAUGGUGCCUUCCACUUCUCCUGGGCCAAGGAGGCAGAGGAGCGCAGCCGGCUUUGGACAGCUCGGCACAACGCUUGGUAUGCACUCCUGGCCCUGGCUCCAGGCUACAAGGGCUAUUCUACCGAUGUGUGUGUGCCCAUCUCUCGGCUGCCGGAGAUCCUGGUGCAUGCCAAGGAGAAGCUGAAGGCCUCGGGACUCACAGGAGCCAUUGUCGGACACGUGGGUGAUGGCAACUUCCACUGCCUCCUACUGAUGAACCCAGAUGAUGCUGAGGAGCUCCAGAGGGUCAAGACCUUUGCAGAAGAGCUGGGCAGGAAGGCACUUGCGCUCCAUGGGACAUGCACUGGGGAACAUGGCAUUGGAAUUGGCAAGCGGCAGCUGCUACAGGAAGAGGUAGGCCCUGUAGGCUUGGAGACCAUGCGGCAGCUCAAGGUCAUGCUGGACCCCCGAGGCCUCAUGAACCCAGGCAAGGUGCUGUGAGGAGCUCCGAGGAUUUGGCUGGCAAGCCCCCAGAUGACACAGCCUCUCUUCUGGAAACACCAGCCCUGCAAGGGAUGGAUGGUGGCUGAUGCCAUUUCUGCCAGCCCUCUGUAGUAGGGGCUUACAGCCAGAAGGCCAAGAGAGAAGCUGGGCUCCUUCCUGACCCCCUUGCAGCCCUUAGGAACCUGGAGGCUGCUUCCUCUGCACUCUACACAUCUGUCCUGGUUGGGAGAGCUGGUGUGGGUCACCCCAUGAUAGACACCUCUCCACUCUGGGGCCCAGGACCCUUUACCCACACCUGGUGACAGGAACACUGCUUUCCUACAAUGGGAAGGGCCCUCCCACCUCAGGAUGGUAGGUCUUCUCUUUGGGGUGCCCCAAAUGAAUCUGAAAUGUAUUUGCAGCUGUCUGGAGAUCAGCAGGCAGCAUCUCCCAGAGCUACCGCCUUCUCCCCUCCAGAGUCAUUGUCCUGGGCCCAGUGACCCAUUUGUUCUGGGCCUGUCCUCACUUAGGGCGGCUAGGGAGGGGGAUGUUGCUCAGGGUUUGGAAGGAAGCUAGAUCUCUGUCCCAACCUCAGGCGGAGGACCUGUCCAUAGUGGAGGUCAAUUAUGAUAGCCUCACCAGGCCUGAACUGGGUCUUAGAGCAUCCUGAACACAUUCUUCAAGCAGCUGCUACUGAUUCUGAGAAAUGGAAGAUUAUCCUCCUUGUCCCACAUGUGGCUCAAUGAAUCAUCCUACCAGCUUUUGCUCCCCAAGGCCAGGCCAGCCCAGCCUGGAGCCUGCAUGUCUUGGGAUCCCUGGCCAGAGCCUUUAUCUAGGGUACUCGAUAAUUAAUCCCCCUAAGGCCACGAGAGGGCGCUUGACACCAGAAAGCUCAGACACUACAGUCUCCUGUGGGCAGCUGUGGCCUAGGACUCCUCUGUCCAAUGCCUGUAGCUCUUGGCUCUGGGUCACCCACCUCCCAGGGUCUGGGAGGGGCUAGGUGGUCAGUCUAGCCCCUACCCCCUGCAGGUCCCACGAGCCUGGAGUGCUGUCCAUGUCCCCCACCCCAGGGGGUCCUUUGACCUUCUUAGUGAAGGGGAUGGGUGGGGGGAGCAAAGGAGCCAGUAGAGGUCAAUUGUACCCUCCUGCUCACCUCACGCCCUCCCCAAAGCCCUGGUGGCCCCUUAAGACCCCUCUCACAAGACCCUGGGCAGAGGCAGCCAUCCUGGGACUUCCUCAGUCCAACCCUGGUUCUUGGGACUCUGUGCUCACACUAGGCCUAGCAGACAGCGACGGAUGGGGGCUUGAGGACACUCUUCUGUGACAUUCCUGUGUGGCUGACCUGGUUGGGAGCAGAGGUUAUGCCAAGGAUGGUUUGGUGGCAAGUCCCAGGGCCCUCUUCCCUCACCAGCCAGAGCAUGCUCACCAUGGAAAUCACUCUCCAGGCCACCCCCCUUCUAGACCACCUGCUCCCACCAACCUUAGGGAAGAUUCUGCAGUGGCCAUCUGCCUCAGUGGGACUUUUCUCUGAUGUGCCCUCCAGUGCUUAGCAGGUAAUGGGCACUCACAAACAGCCAUUUACCCACAACUUCUUUUAUUAAGAAAAAUUCCAAAUAUACAGAAAAGUUGGAAACAAAUACAUCAUUCACUGAAAUACCAGCCACUGAAGAUUCAACAAUGGACGCUCUUGCCUUAUUUGCUUUGUGUAUUUUGGGGAAACCAUUUAGAAUUAGAUUACAAAUUUCUUGAAAGCAUUCAACUAUAUAAUUCAGCAUCUAUCACCGAAGGUUAAUGACCUUCUCCUAUAAACUUCAACACCAUUAAAUGGCUAUUAGAUGA